AGCUUAGUUAAGUUUACAGUAUCCUGUCCCUAAUGGCUACUCUUCCCAGAGUCUUCUUUUGCAGCCUUGCUAUGAUGAUGAUGAUGGUUGUUUUCUCUGCUGCACAUCCCGGCCUUUCGCCUUUCUUCUACGAUGUUUCGUGCCCACAGGCCAACGAUAUUGUCAUGUCUGUCUUGGAGAAAGCUAUCGAGGAAGACCCGAGGAUGGCUGCCUCCUUGCUCAGGCUCCACUUCCAUGACUGCUUUGUCCAGGGUUGUGAUGCGUCGAUAUUGCUGGACAAGACGUCGGGGAUGGCUAGCGAGAAAGAUGCCGGACCAAACAAGAACUCCAUUAGAGGAAUUGAAGUGGUUGAUGAGAUAAAAGCAGAGCUGGAGCAAGUGUGUCCUCACACUGUUUCCUGUGCAGACAUUCUCGCACUGGCUGCCCGGGACUCCACAGUUCUCAGCGGUGGACCGCAUUGGGAAGUGCCAUUAGGAAGGAGGGAUUCAAAGAUAGCAAGCCUCAAGAAAGCCAACACCAAUAUUCCUGCACCAAACUCCACCAUCCAACACCUUAUAACCCUCUUCGCCCGCCAAGGCCUCGACGAGCAAGACCUCGUCGCUCUUUCUGGGGGGCACACCAUAGGUGUAGCCCGGUGUGUGAGCUUCAGGCAAAGGCUGUACAACCAAAAUGGCAACAACCGGCCCGAUGCAACUCUCGAGAGGGCAUACUACAACAACCUGAAAGCUUCGUGCCCAAGAACCGGGGGAGACAACAACGUAUCUCCCCUGGACGUUGCCUCCCCGGUGAGAUUCGACAACACAUACUUCAAGCUGUUGCUGAGGCGCAAAGGGCUUCUCGCCUCAGACGAGGCGCUGCUCACCGGGGAUGUGGAGAAGACAGUGGAGCUGGUUAAAGGGUAUGCCAGUGAUGAGGAGCUUUUCUUCCACCACUUUGCCAAGUCUAUGGUGAAAAUGGGGAACAUCAAUCCUCUUGUUGGGUUGAAGGGGGAGAUCAGGCACAACUGUCAUCAUGUCAACUGAAACAUUAUUAUGGUGUGAUUAAUGUUUAGUUUGUUGUGUUUGUGUGGUUUUAAUGAACAAGUUUAAGCUGUGUAAGAUGUUUGUGAACUGUGAAUUGGAAUGAAAUGUGAGUAUUAACUAGCUUGUGUUUUGUUUU